AUGACCUUCACCAUGCAGCCAAGUGGAAAACCCGCCCGGAAAGCUACCUGCAAUAAGCGCGGAAAAAGGAGAAAGAGGAGGGAGACCUUCGGCGUCUACAUCUACAAAGUGCUGAAGCAGGUGCAGCCCGACGUCGGCGUCUCCAGCAAGGCCAUGGGCAUCAUGAACUCAUUUGUCAACGACAUCUUCGAGCGCAUCGCCGCCGAGGCCUCUCGUCUGGCUCACUACAACAAGCGCUCCACCAUCAGUAGCCGCGAGAUUCAGACCGCCGUCAGACUCCUGCUGCCGGGCGAGCUGGCCAAGCACGCCCUCAGCGAGGGCAAUAAAGCCGUGAUGAAGUACACAUACUUCGGUACUAAGCUAAACGAUCAUCUGACCGACUCAUAA